AUGGAGACGCAAAAUCUACAGGCCGCGUCGACAUAUGUCAACAAUCUCCUGCUGGCUCGGGGCCUGUUGAAGAGUGGCCAGGCGAUUGAUUUCGCCAAUCCCGACAACCAUGAGGGGGGCACCGAUGCCACCAUGGCGCGGAUCAUCAACCUGGUCAAUGAUUUGGUUUUGAGGAGAGACCGUGAGGCAGAACACCGCGAGAGCUUGGCGACGACUAUUCGAGUGUUGCGCGCCAGCGAGUCGGAGCAGACAUUGGAGAUUGGGAAAUUAAAAACGAAGGCCUCCGAGUUAACGCGAUCCCACGCUCUGGCAGAGGCCUCGGAGCGUGCGCUCAAGUCAAACAUGUCAAGUUCCGAAGCCACCAUUCGCGGACUCAAGGAACAAGUCCAGCGCAUGAAGACCACCGUCCAACAAGUCCGAGCGCAAUGCGCCAACGACAUUCGCAAGCGCGAUCUCGAAAUGCAAAGACUCAGGUCACAUCUAGCCGAGCGACAACGAGGGAAGCGUGAGGGGUUGACUGUCACUACAAUCAACAUUAACCCGGCGGCAAAGGGGUCGCAGUUGAGAGCUAGUGGUGGGGAGAGCGUCCGCAAUCCCGGAUACAGUUUACAACAGGAGACGACCGAAUUCUUGACGGAGCUAUGCCAGAAUCUCAGCGAUGAGAACGACACAUUGAUUGAACUUGCGCGGAACACCGUGACGACACUGCAGGAAUUACAAGGAUUGCCGGAAGGAGAGGAGCGGGAUGGCGAUGACGAAGUCUCUGGAAUGGCUACAAGCGUUGGGCCACAGAAAUCGGCUUCCGCCGUGACCUCGCUGCCUACGUCGUGUGAGGAGCUGUCUACCCGCAUGGAUGCGGUUCUAGACCACCUGCGCACACUGUUGACUAAUCCCUCGUUCGUGCCACUGGAAGAAGUCGAGGUCCGAGACCAGGAGAUUACACGACUGCGCGAAGGCUGGGAGAAGAUGGAGAACCGCUGGAAGCAAGCAGUCACCAUGAUGGAUGGUUGGCAGCGACGGGUGGCAGAUGGCGGCGACUCGGUACGAGUGGAAGAGCUCAAGCGCGGCAUGACUUUGGAUCUGAGCUUCGUGUCCACUGAAGAUGUCAGCAUCCAAAGCCGGCUAGAGACGAGCAACAUCUCACCUAUUCUGGAGGACCAGCAAGAGGAGGACGCCGAGGCAGAGAUGAAUGAGACUGAAGACCGGGAUCGAGAGCCUGAGACAUCGAACCGCCGAGAGACUCGAUCCAAGAUUCGUAAAGUCCCCGAACGGUCCGAUCGAGCGCUGCGAGAGCGCAGUGACAAUGCUGCAGCUAGACCUAAGCGACUCCGAAAGGUAUCUUUCACGCCUGGCCUACAAGGAUCUCCCUGUGAGCCCAGUACGCAAGACGAGGAAACCCUGCAAAUCAAAGCGCACAAAUCAGAGGCUGUGACUAGGAGGCCUUCGCGACGAAAGACCGAAACCAACUCAGCUCGUCAGACUACCACCAAAGACUCGCAACUGAGCGUCUCACAAAAACUUGCUGCCGUCGAAGACGAGGCGCGUCUCGCCGAGCAAUCACGCAAAGAGCGCGAAUCACGAAAGCGAAGCCGGCCCGAGAAGGCCUUUAGCCGGGCUGGUACUCGGCGGCGGAGUACUCUGACGAGUGACGAGUUGGAAGAUCUCAUGGGCGUUCCAUCGCGGUAG